CUGAAAAGGGAGGAGCGGAAGGAGGGGAUCAGGUGAUGCUUUUCCUGGCCAGCCGACCAAUCACAGCUCUCGGUCUUUGGAGACCUGCUUGACUAUUUGCAUGCAGGAGGGGAGAGGUGACACUCACUGGAGCCAGGCCAUCUCAUCUGUGCUGCAGGGAAACCUCUGUUAGCAUCAUCGCCAUGCCGCCAGUCGGGGAACUCCGCAGGACGCAAUGACGGCCGACAAGGAGAAGAGACGAGCGAUCAGCCGUGAGGCGGCCCGGCGGCGGCGGCGCGUGGAGUCGGACGUGUUUGGUGACCUGUCCCGCCUUCUGCCGCUCCAGCCCUCCGUCAGAGCUCAUCUGGACAAACCCUCCAUCAUCCGCCUCACCCUCAGCUACAUACGCUUGCAGACGCUGCUCAAAGAAACUGCCGGGUCGCACGAGGAGCUCGGACACAGCGUGAGAUGCCACCACGGAGGAGAGGCGCGGGACGGGUGUCUGUUUGAGUUGGGGAAAGAGACGGAGGGAUUGGACCCGUUGGAUGAAAACAGCAUGUACCUGAAGAUCCUGGAGGGAUUUCUCAUGGUGCUCUCCACCCUGGGAGACAUGAUCUUCUUAUCGGACAACGUCAGCAAGUACAUGGGCCUGAGCCAGACUGAGCUGAUGGGGCACAACAUCUUUGAGUAUACUCACCCAUGUGAUCACGAGGAAAUCAGACAUAACCUACGUCUGACUGCAGAACUUGGGUGCAGCCAGAAGAGGGAUUUCGUCGUGAGAAUAAAAAGCGCUCUGACGCACCGAGGAAGAGUCGGGAACCUCAAGUCGACCACCUGGAAGGUGCUCCACUGUCAGGGCAGAGUGAAGCUGUGCGCGGCCUCGUCUUCGGUGUCCUGCGUGCUGCUGACCUGCCGACCUCUGCCGCUCUCACACACACUCCUCAGCACGCACACCUUCACCAGCCAGCACAGCAUGGACAUGAGGUUCACGUACUGCGACCAGAGAGUGACUUCUCUUCUCGGCUACCGGCCAGAGGAGCUGCUGGGCCGAUCCAUCUACGAUCUCUGUCACACGCUGGACACAAGCUGCCUGAACAAAAACCACCUGAACCUGUGUCUGAAGAGUCAGUCGGUCAGCGGUCGGUACAGGAUGCUGGUGAGGAGCGGAGGCUACGUCUGGGUGGAGAGUCACAGCGCCGUCAUCCCGGGCGUCCAGCCGUCCAGAUCCAGAUCCAGACCCAACCCCAGCCAGCCGCUCUGCAUCCUCAGUGUCACCUACAUCCUCAGCGGAGUGGAGGAGCCGUCUCUGCAGCUCUCUUUGGAUCAAACUUUCCAGAGAUACUUGAGAUGAAAUCAGAGUUUGAAGGGG